ACUAACUUAACUACAAGUUUACCACGUUAAGCUUGUUGUUAAAGAAAAUGGCAGGUGUGAGGAAGCUGCAAUUGGAAAGAACUCUAUCGAUACAAUCAUGCUUCCCUGAGAGCUUCUCUGGUCCAGGCUCAGGAACUUCUGAUCAGGCAACCGGCUAUGCUACUGCCACCAUUCCACAACAUGUUGUUUCGGUUCUGCUUUCUUACAAUGUACCCGUUGGAGAUCAAUCUGAUCACAUCAUCCAGAAUGGGAUGGAACUUGAUAAUAGGACUGUUUCUGCACAGAUGCUCCAUCCUCCAUACUGGGAAGCCAGCACUCCAUCUGCCAAAAAUCUUACCAUUUACGUACCCUUGUACCAAGCUGCACUUAAGGGUGAUUGGGAAAGGGCUAAAGCAUUUAUGACAAGGCAUCCUGGGGCUUUAACCGCAACAAUCACUAAAGGCUGGGAAAGAGCUCUCCACAUUGCUGCUGGUGCCAAACAAGUCAAGUUUGUUGAGGAGUUGGUUGAAUUAAUGGAUCCACCAGAAUUGGCUGCACAAAACAAAUUUGGUAACACGGCACUUUGCUUUGCAGCAGCAUCUGGAAUUACAAGGAUUGCAGAAUUGAUGGUGGCAAAGAAUAAUGAAUUGCCAAUGGUGAGGGGUAGUAAAGGAGUUACACCCCUUCACAUGGCAGCCUUACUAGGUUAUAGAGAUAUGGUGUGGUAUCUUGUGUCAGUAACUGAUCCUCAAUGUUUAACCAAAGAAGACUACGUUAGCCUGAUUAUUGCAACUAUAAGUACCGAUCUAUAUGAUGUAGCUCUGCAUAUAAUUCAAUGCAAACCAGAAUUGGCAGUUGAACGUGAUCCUAACGGGGAGACAGCACUUCAUGUUUUGGCACGAAAGCCUUCAGCAUUCUGUUCCAAGAAUGGACUGGGAGUCUGGCAGAGAUGCAUUUACCCUUGGGUCAAACUGCACCUAUGGAAGAAAUCUUCUUAUAAGUUUAGCAAGACGGUAGACCAGAAUGACAAAUGUACCAGAGCGCACCUAUUGUUCGAUAGACUUCUUCAUCGUGCAACAGAAAAGAUAGGAAUCCAAGAAGUAUUUGAGAGAAAACUGAAGCACUUCCAAGCUCUCGAGUUAUUGAAAUGCAUUUGGAAACAGGUUAUGUUGUUGGAUGACUCGCAAAUUGGGAAGUUACUCAGAGGUCCAUCAAGACCUCUUUUUGUUGCUGCGGAGUGUGGAAACUUUGAGUUCAUUGUUGAGCUACUGCGCUCCUAUCCUGAUCUCAUUUGGAAGGUGGAUGAACAAAGCCAAAGCUUCUUUCACAUUGCAGUCAUACACCGCCAAGAAAGGAUCUUUAAACUAAUUUACCAAAUAGGAGCUCUUAAAGAUUUGAUUACAUCUUACAAAAGCACAAAUAACAGUAACAUAUUACACCUUGCUGCUAAGUUAGCAGCCCCAAAUAGAUUAAACAUAGUUUCAGGAGCAGCCCUACAAAUGCAGAGAGAGUUACUAUGGCUUAAGGAGGUAGAGAAGAAUGUCCAACCGUUGUAUAAGGAGAUGAGGGAUUCAGAAGGACGAAUGCCACAUAUGUUAUUCACUCAGGAGCACAAGGCAUUACUUAAAAGUGGAGAAAGGUGGAUGAAGGAUACUGCCUCAUCAUGUAUGCUUGUUGCUACACUCAUAACCACUGUGAUGUUUGCAGCCAUCUUCACAGUACCUGGAGGCAAUAAUGAUGAGACAGGCACACCAAUUUUUCUCAAAGACAAAGCUUUCAUAAUCUUUUCCAUAUCCGAUGCACUUACUCUCUUCUCAUCAGUGACUUCAAUCUUGAUGUUCUUGUCUAUUCUCACUUCACGGUAUGCAGAAGUAGAUUUCAUGGAAACAUUACCAAAGAGGUUGAUCAUUGGCCUUAUGACACUCUUCUUCUCCAUAGCUUCCAUGCUUAUAGCUUUUAGUGCAAGCUUUUCAAUUGUACAUGGCCAUAAGAUAGCAUGGAUUAUCAUUCCAGUGGCGCUAGCUGCUUGUAUUCCUGUCUUGUUAUUUGCAUUUUCUCAGUUUCCCCUGGUAGCUGACAUGUUUCAUUCAAGUUAUGGUUCAGGAAUAUUUGCCCAGGAACCUACAGAUGUUCUUUUCUAGAUCAGCUAAAUGAAAAUAAUUAUGGACUACUGUUGGAUUCAUAUGUAUUCUUUUCAUUGUACUCACUACUUCAACAGUCAUUCCAUCCAAUAAAUCCAGGUCUUUCCAUUUCAUUAAA